AUAGCACACAGAGGCUGGCAUAUAUAUGACGAGAUUACUGACUCUCGAUCUCCAUAUCCACACUAAACCACACUUCAAAGAGACCAGUAGCAUCCAGUCGUCCCGUCUCUCUGAACUGUUCUGAUCCACACAGUACAGUAGCUAUAUUAGUUGCAUUCGCCACCAUGGCCUGCUUGGCCUCUAACAACAAGCCCCAGCUGCACCUCAUCAACAUUUUUGUCACAGUGGCACUGUUAUUAGUCACCAGUACUCAUGGUGCAGGUAGUACUGGGAAUAAUGGGAGUGGCAACAUCCAGCUGAUCUUGGUGAACAACUGCGCGGAAUCCAUCUGGCCUGGGCUUCUGGGCACCGCCGGCCACCCGACGCCGCAGUCUGGCGGCUUCCACCUGGCCCCCGGCGACGAGGCGGCCUUCGACGUGCCGCUGGGGUGGUCCGGCCGCGUGUGGCCGCGGCGCGGCUGCUCCUUCGACGGCCGCGAGCGGGGGCUGUGCGCGACGGGGGACUGCGGCGGCGUGCUCCGCUGCGACGGCCGCCCAGGCUCCACCCCGGCCACGGUGGUGGAGAUGACGCUGGGCACCCCAAAGUCGCCGCUCCACUUCUACGACGUGUCCCUGGUGGACGGCUUCAACGCGCCCGUGUCCAUGGCCCCCGUGGGCGGCGGCGCCGGCUGCGGCGUGGCCGGGUGCCAGGCGGACCUCAACGUCUGCUGCCCGUCGGCGCUGGAGGUCAGGGACAGGGAGGGGAGGGUGGCUGGGUGCCGGAGCGCCUGCAGGGCCAUGGGAGGGGACAGGUACUGCUGCACGGGGGACUACGCGUCGCCGGACAAGUGCCGCCCCACCAUCUUCGCCCACGUCUUCAAGGCCGUCUGCCCCAAGGCCUACAGCUACGCUUACGACGACGCCACCUCUCUCAACCGGUGCAAGGCCAGCCGCUACCUCAUCACCUUCUGCCCACCGCCGACAUCCAGGAAAUGACCAUCAUCCUCAUCCAUGCAUCGAUGAUCGAUACCUCCCAUGGGCUGCAUCUGAAUCUAUCAGAAUAUAACUAUAGCUAGUGUGGAUGUGGAUCCUACUGUUCAGUCCCUGUGUAUCAUGCAUCUUAUUAAUUAUACAGUACUAGUAGUAGUAUCAGAAUGACAGCAACCACUACAGUUUUUGUAGCAUGAACAAGCUGCCAGUCAGAUGCAAUCCUAUCAUCAUAUACUCUCUAAUAAUAAUGGCACAAGACAGUUUUUGUA